CAGGCUUGUGCGCGCGCGGCCUGCCGCAUCUCUUGGUUGUCUGCACGUUUUGCGUGCCUUGUAAUCACGCAGGGUAGGCAAAGACUUUCCUCUCGGUCGGUGCCAGAGUUCCUGUCGUGGAGGCAGCAAUGAGGAAGUCGGAUUUACUUUAGAGCAGCGUGUCCCACAUUUUAAAAUGAGCUGUGUCACGUGCACGUGCCGUGGAGAGGCAAACGUCUAUAUCUGUGAGCGGAACGGGAUGCCCGCGUGACUGCAGGGAGGAAAGGGGCGGAGGAGGAGAGGGGAGGAGGUGUAGGUGUCCGUGGACCGCCGCAAAAGCUCUGAGGUGGAGUUUUCAAAAGCAGGAACUCAAUUUUUAUUGUGGGAAAACGUGUUCUGUGGUGAUUUCCGUUUGUGUGUCCGGACCUGGUGAUGUCAGCCCGCUUUGCUCUUCUCGCUGCCUCGUCUCCUCCGCGUCAGGACGAGGACCGGACAUAAGGUCGUGAGCGGGGAACGCACACGCUCGGACGCUGUUUCUUCUGGCCGGACGCCCGGACUGAGGCCAGUCAGCUGGGAGGGAAAUCGAGGAGCGAUCAGCUGCUUUUCUCGGGAUGCUAUAGGAACUGCGGCCUGCUCGCAUCUCCGGUUGCUGCAGUGCCUCAUGGGCCAGGAGGGGGAGAGACGGAGGACAGAAGAUGGAGAGGUGGAGGCUAUAAAAACAAAUCUCCCAGACUGUAAGUUUGUAAAGCCGAAAAUUCUAGCUCCAGUGCUGGAGCAUUUGGGAUUCCUUGGAACAGAAGGAAUGAAAGGCACAAGCUGUCCUUUAUGAGCAGAGAGUGAUGAGGAGCAUGGGCCAAAAAGAAAUACUUGAUUUAAGAAACAUUCUAAAGAUGGCUAAUGUGUCAUUAAGGUGAGUACAUUGACUUUUAGGCCUUUUAGUUGUUUUUGCUGACAAAGUUCUUGCCUGAACUGUAGUGCUCGCCAUGGGACACUGCGCAGGAGCUGAAGUACCUGCCAGCAGUGAGUUUGGUGCAUAAUUCUGACAGACUGGAGCUCUGAUGCCAGCAUUUAUUUAUCUCUCUCCUCUGCUCUGCUGAGCUGCUACCCACACAACCUGCUACAUGAACUCCAAGGAAGCCUGAAACCUCACCCAGCGUCCCCCUACACAGUCACAAUCCCAGGAAUAUAAAACAAACAUGCCUUCACCUUCAGACUCCAGCAGUGUGGCUUCAGCCACUGGAUCUCGCGGCUGGUCUGACAGCCGCAGAGGCAUGUCCGGCCGGGGGCCCGGUGGGGCCCGGCUGCUCCUGUAUUUAGGCUUGUGCCACCUUGGUCUCGGAGCCAUGGUCCUGGCCUUCUCCUUUACCAGCAUGGCCUUCACCCUAUCUACCCGUGUAAGGCAAUCCUGUCCAUUCUGGGCUGGUUUCUUUGUGGUGGCGUCAGGGAUAGUAGGAAUAAUCUCAUGGAGGAGACCUCUAACACUAGUGGUGUCACUGUUCAUGCUGCUCUCUGCAGUGUGUGUGAUCCUCAGCCUGGCCGGCUCAAUGCUGUCCUGCCAGAACGCACAGAUGGUCAAGUCAAUGCUUACCUGCAAGGUGGAGAGUGGGCGGUGUUUGUGUUGUGCACCCCUUCAGUCUUGCUCUAUAGAUGGGGAGGACACACUUGUCCUGAACCUGAAUGUUGAUUGUCAUUCAGUCAGGCAUCAGCUUAAAGACCUUUUGUUCAGUGCGUGUGGACUCAGCAUUCUGUCCACCAUCAUUUGUACACUGUCGACCGUGACAUGCAGCAUUCACAUAUUCUCUCUGGACCUCGUGCACCUGCUGGCGCCGCAUCGCUCCCGCUCCGUUAAUCCAGAGUGCAUCACCCCUCAGGAUGCCUUCCUGACAAACAUCAUGGACUUUGAGGAGUUUGUCCCACCCAUCCCUCCACCCCCUUACUACCCUCCUGAGUACACCUGCAGCUCAGAGACGGACGCUCAAAGCAUUACAUAUAAUGGCUCCAUGGAGAGUCCUGUCCCCUUGUACCCUACUGACUGCCCCCCUCCUUAUGAAGCUGUGAUGGGACAGAGAAUUGCCAGCCAGGCAACAGUGUUUGAUCCUGUCGGCACUGAGCUGUCUGGAGAACGGGGAACUUCAAUGGCCUUCAGUGGCGAAGUCUCCAUGGACAGUGGGUCUCUGUUGAUGUCAGAAAUUGUGGACAUCCCUGAUGAUUCCUCUCCUUCUGAGGACUCCUGUCUCAUGGAGAUCGGGCUAAGAAACCAGGGGGAGAGACGCAACAGGGCUCCCAGUGAGGGCGGAGAUGCAGGGGAGAGCAUCAAUCUCCGUGGUCAGAGGUGUCAGACGCCCGAAAGUCCUUUGGCAGGGGGGCCAAGAGCCAAAAGAGUUCUCAGAGGAGAGAGGUCCAACUCCUGUUCCUCUCCGAGCACCACCACCAACACUACUUAUAGGUCCCCAGUGCUUCUUCGCCAAGCUGUGCUAGCCCGUAGCUGUUCCCAGCUAGAAGCCAUAGGUGGCGCCAGUAAUCAACAGUCGUUCUCCAUCCCAGAGAUUCGGUUUCAACCUUCCUUUGCCUCAAGCCGUGGAGUUGCAAUGGGUUCCUCUCCCGUCCCUCCUCCCUCCUUCUCAGCUGCCAGUGAACAUGAUCACGGGCACCUCCUUCCUCUCCAGCCCCUCUCCCUUCGGCAAAGAGCCGGAAGAAGUGAAAAGGAUGGAGAGACUGCGAGAAGACACAGCGAAGGCUUUUUGCGCCUCAUGAGAUCACACAGUGAACCAGGGCUCAGCUCCUCGACAGACACGGUGGACUUUGGCUCUGGCGGGAGUAAAGCAUCUAUGGACACAGGUCCAUCGUCUGAGGCAUGCCUGCUGCCUCAAACAUCCCUGCCUCACGCUGCAGUGCUGUCCACAAAAAGCAGCAUAAAAUCAGCAACCACAGGGAUAGAGGUGCCCCCCAAGCCUGCAGCCACCUCCCCACUCCGAUUACCCAAAGACUGCCACCGUUCUCUUGCUGAUCUUAAGGUAACUCGAGUUCUGGUGGCUCGCUUCCUGCAUCGCUCAAAACGUAAUCUGGCGCCAUCCUCCGAGCCUGCUGGGAGCCCCGCCCAGGCAACAAAAAGGAAGAGUGGAACUGAGGCUGCUGCCGCCAACCACAUGGCCUUGGAACAAAUGUUGCGGAACACUUGGGGCUCCAGCCGAGGACACCCCACCGGUCACUCCCAUCAUUCUCAUCACCGUGGACAUCAUCAUUCCCAAAGUGACAGUCGCCACAAUCGGCACCAGAGCAGCCGGGCGCCAGAGGGCAUCCACCUGCGCAGCUGUGGAGAUUUAAGCUCCUCCUCCUCUGCAUCUCUACGUCGACUUGUCCCUCAUCAUCCACCGCAUGGGUCAUCAGGGACUCUGUAUUCUGAGUCUGCUCUGUAAGGAAGGAAACAAGGGGGAUGAGACAAAAAUGAAGAGAAGAUGAAAAUCAAGUCAGAUUGCAGAUUGCAAAAGUCUUCCCUCCUUAUUUCCUGCCACCUCUGGAUGCUGAAGCGAACUGUGCAGACAGCCUUAUUCGUGGUGCUUCUGAACAUCACUCAAGAGUUUGCUCAUUUUUCACCAACAAAUAGUGCAACCUUACUCAAACUACAGUAUGCUACAACCUGAUAACCUCUUGCAACCAAAAAACAAAGUCACAACUGAUAAAAACAAUCUCCACUCUUGACCUCCAUCGGUUCAUCUGGAAACUCGUCUCUUCUUCUUCAGUCUACCUGAAUAAUUUUGCUAUCAUGGAUUUACAUGGUUGCCCUUGGACAAAAGCCAAAGGCUCACCUGUGCUCAUUGACAAGAUUGCUUAAAUGAAGUGGUUAUCUUUUGUCUUCCAUUCUCAAGAACAAAUGCGUAAGGGUGGGCAGCAUUAGAAGAUCUAAUGAGAAUAAAGCGAAGCAGAUCUCUUAAUGAGUUGUAUUGUCUCCUCUAAUGCUGCCGUACAGAGCUGCCAGCAUUGCUAACAUGGACAUUGUUGCACACCACAGAUAGGUUGAGCCUUGGAAAUGUGUUUUUUCAUUUAUGGCCUCCAUGAUUUCCUUUGAACAUGGUGCAUGUUCUGCUACAGAUGGGAUGCAGCAGGAACUCUGUUCAUUCAAGUCUGCUCGUCUGUCCAACCUACAAGUGCUCAGAACGUCUUGACCUGCAUGUUUGCUUCUUUUCAUUUUUCUUGCACAAAUGACUUAAGAUAGUAGCCAUGUGAUAGGUAAUUACUAGCUAACAACCAAGGUCGGAGAUGCCUGGUGGCUCCGAGAAUAAUUCUGUAUCUGAACCUGCAACAAUCUUUGGCUAAAACAGUCUGGUACUUGUACGAUAAGAGGUGCACGCCGCACUAUGACUCUUGUGAAUAUGUCAGUAAAUGUAAAGUUAAGCUUAUGAUGAAGUCGGGUCUUACACUGUGUGUUAGCACAUGUGCACAUUUGGGUAUGUUUAAAAUGGAAUAAGAUCUUCAAGAUGCACUGGUAAUGGUGAUAGGACUGCACCAUUUGACAUUAGGUGGCAGCUGUAGAUUAAAAAUGUCAACUGUC